CCGCAAAUGAAAACAAGAAUUGACCCCUAAAACCUUAAACCUCUCUUUCUCUGUGUUAAAAACCCCAAACCCAAAAUUCUUGCUUCAUUUUUAGCUGACAAAAAUGGCAACAAUUCAAGUCACGAACCCAAAUGAGUUUUUGUCAGCAUCAUUUCACCAGAAAAAAAUUUUGUCUUCCAGGCCAUGUUUCUUCCAAAAACCCAUUAGGAGAAACGUCUGGAGACGCCAUCAGUCUGAGGGAAUAGUCUGCUCUUUUGCUCCAAUGGAGACUGCUAAGAUAAAGGUGGUUGGCGUUGGUGGCGGUGGUAACAAUGCCGUUAAUCGCAUGAUUGGCAGUGGUUUGCAGGGAGUUGAUUUCUAUGCCAUAAACACAGAUUCUCAAGCACUGUUACAGUCUGCAGCAGGGAACCCACUUCAAAUUGGAGAGCUUCUGACCCGUGGACUAGGGACGGGAGGAAAUCCUCUUUUAGGGGAACAGGCUGCAGAAGAAUCAAAAGAAGCCAUUGCAAAUGCUCUUAAGGGCUCAGAUCUUGUGUUUAUAACUGCUGGUAUGGGUGGAGGUACUGGGUCAGGUGCUGCCCCAGUUGUUGCUCAAAUUUCAAAAGAAGCUGGUUAUUUGACUGUGGGUGUGGUUACCUAUCCUUUCAGCUUUGAAGGACGUAAAAGAUCUGUGCAGGCACUAGAGGCUAUUGAGAAGUUGCAGAAGAAUGUUGAUACUCUCAUAGUAAUACCCAAUGACCGACUUCUUGACAUUGCUGAUGAACAGACACCCCUUCAGGAUGCUUUUCUUCUUGCUGAUGAUGUUCUACGCCAAGGAGUACAAGGAAUUUCAGAUAUAAUCACGAUACCUGGAUUGGUGAAUGUGGAUUUUGCAGAUGUUAAGGCAGUUAUGAAAGAUUCUGGAACUGCAAUGCUGGGAGUGGGGGUAUCCUCAAGCAAAAACCGUGCAGAAGAAGCUGCUGAACAGGCAACUUUGGCUCCACUGAUUGGAUCAUCAAUUCAAUCAGCCACUGGAGUAGUAUAUAAUAUUACUGGAGGAAAGGAUAUAACCUUGCAAGAAGUGAACAGGGUAUCCCAGGUUGUAACAAGUUUGGCAGAUCCUUCUGCAAACAUUAUAUUUGGGGCUGUUGUGGAUGAGCGCUACAACGGGGAGAUCCAUGUCACUAUUAUUGCAACAGGGUUCUCACAGUCAUUCCAGAAGACACUAUUGACAGAUCCAAAGGCAGCAAAACUUGCUGAUAAAGUGGCAGGUGGUCAAGAAUCCAAGGGAAUGCCCCUUCCCCUCAAGUCACCUGCCUCAGCAUCAUCUGUUCAAUCCAGACCAUCCCCUAGAAAGCUCUUCUUCUAACCUUCUUGAGCAUUUCAUUUUUCUUUUCACUCUAUGCUUUUUUCCAUUCAGUGAUGAAAUGGUUUUGAGCCUCAAGUAGGUUAAGAUGUUAGUAGAAUUCCAUGUUUGUUUCCCCUGCUAUCCUCGCAUGGUGUUCGCAUUAAAUUAGUCCCUUAUAAAUUGUUCAUGAUUGAAACCACCAGAUUGCAACUUCACAUAGCUGGUUGUUUUCAAUUAAGUGAUUGUAGGUAUUAUUUUGGCAUGCCUUCCAUUCUCAAUGGCUAUAGUAUGAUAAAGAAAAUUUAUCCGACUUU